CAUCUCUUUUCCUGCUUCUGUUGGCAAACUAUUGCAGUUUGUUCAGGUCCUGUUGAAUCAAAUUGUUGGCUUGGGUUUGGAAUGAAUCAGGCAAAGUUGGGUUUUUGGGUGACCCUGUGACCCCCAUAUUAAGUGACAAUUGCUCCAUUUGUGGGGUGCUGCAAAAUGCUGGGUUCUCUCUGCAAAACAUUUGGCAAACUUUAGUGCAGGUUGAAGUGAAUCAGACUAAAUUUGAUUUUGGGGUGUUAACUACAAACCUCAGUUCCAGACUCGCAAAGAACUAAGCUUUCUCUGCUUUCUCUCUAAUAGCUAGGUAAGUGAUCAGGGGAAAUUGUUGGAACAGAUGCUUUUCAUCAUGAACUCCUGAAUCUUGACCUUGUUCUCAGCUGUGAUUUAAUAUUGCUACUCUUGGAAAAGAGCAAACACAUUUCCUUCUUCUGAGCUUCUAGUUCAUGCAUUGGAUACGUGAAACCACACAAGGGCACUGCUUGUCUAUCAACCUAGCCAGCACUUGUUUAAAGCCACUAUGUCAGUGAUAACUCUGCCUAUCAAACCUCAGAGAUUUUGUUUUAUGUCCUCUCCAGACAAUAUGUCUGCUAUUUCUUUCUUUCGUUCCUUCUCAUCCUGUACAUAGUUCCUGUCAAGUCUCUGAACUCCAGAAACUGUAAGUAAUCAUUCCAAUCAAAUUCACCCAAGCUGCAAGCUCUAUUUAUUUCCAUGUUGGAGCGCAUGGACAAGAUUGUACUCCUUCAAAGCUUGGCCCAUUAGAUAUAAGACUAGUAGAUUCUUCUUAGGUUCUUAUAGAACAAUGAGUAUGACAUGUUGUCUUCAUUAAAUGGAAAGUGGACCUCUGAAACAAUUGUUUGUUUAUUCAUUUAUUUGCAGCUCAACAUCAACGAACCCCUAUCCCACUCUGUCCCCCUUAUUUGCCAUUCAGGAGAUCAACCAGAAUCCUAAGCUUUUACCCAAUGUCACCCUGGGCUACAGCAUCUAUGAGGCCGCUUUUGAUGUCACAACAGCGGCUGAUGCCAUGCUAGACAGCAUUCCAAGCUACAGCUGUGGAGGACAGAAUAAUGUGUUAGCUGCUUUUGAAGAAACAGCUACUGAAAUCUCCAGUCAUAUUUCAAGAAUGUUGAGCAUCUACAAAAUGCCCCAGGUUGUGCCUCAUUCAAGAUGCACCGAAAUCUGUCGCCCUGGAUACGCCAGAGUAGCUAAAGAAGGAGAGCCCGUUUGCUGCUAUGAUUGUGCUCCUUGUGCAGAAGGGACCAUCUCCAUUCAGGAAGAUGCAAAGCAUUGCACCAAAUGUCCAGAAGAACAGCAUGCAAAUCAAGCAAGAGACAAAUGUGUCCCCAAGAUUAUAACAUUUCUCACUUAUGAAGAACCCUUGGGGAUCCUCCUGGUGUCCUUUGCUCUCUUCCUGUGCUUAACCGCUGGUGUUGUGCUAGGAAUCUUCGUUAAAUACAUGGAAACUCCCAUAGUCAAAGCUAACAAUCGAGACUUAUCCUAUAUCCUCCUCAUCUCCCUCCUGCUUUCCUUUUUGUCCUCCUUCCUAUUCAUCGGCCAGCCAAGGAAAGUGACCUGCCUUCUCCAACAAACAGCCUUCAGCAUCAUCUUCUCGGUUGCCGUCUCUUCUGUUUUGGCAAAAACCAUCACUGUGGUGCUGGCCUUCUUGGCCACAAAGCCAGGGAACAGGGUGAGGAGAUGGCUAGGGAAGAGUCUGGCCAACUCCAUUGUCCUUUCCAGUUCUAGUAUGCAGGUUGUCAUCUGCACCAUCUGGCUAGGAAUCUUUCCACCAUUCCCAGACUCCGACAUGCAGUCCCAAGCUAGAAAGAUCAUCCUUCUAUGCAAUGAAGGAUCUGUUGCCAUGUUUUACACUGUCCUUGGCUACAUGGGCUUCCUGUCUGCCAUCUGCUUCACGGUGGCUUUCCUAGCCAGGAAGCUGCCUGGAGCCUUCAAUGAAGCCAAGCUGAUCACCUUCAGCAUGCUGGUCUUCUGCAGUGUUUGGGUGUCCUUUGUGCCCACCUACCUGAGCACCAAAGGGAAGUACAUGGUAGCUGUUCAGGUCUUCUCCAUUUUGGCCUCCAGUGCUGGGCUUCUGGGCUGCAUCUUCCUACCGAAGUGCUACAUUAUCAUACUCAGGCCUGAUCUGAACACAAAGGCACAUCUAUCUACAAAAAGUGGCAGUAGUGUCUGAUUUUUAGCUUCUUUGAAGAUUCUUAACUUCACAUAAAAUAUGUUGUUAAAGUGGACUCUACCCUGGUUUGUGUCAGGACAAUUGGAAACACAAUUAUAUUAUGAGUUGUCCUGCUUCUGCUUGCUACGGUAUUGGAUAAUGUUGGAAAAUUACAGACUUAUUGGAUCUGGAAGGACAUGAUAAUAGAUUUGGGUGGCAUGCUUAAUUAUGGUAUUACAAAGUUAAAGUAAAUAAAGGAUUCCAGAACCACAUUAUAAGAAAGUUGAUCUACGAGGUAUGGGAUAGAUACAAAAAAUUAGUUGAAAGGAAAACCCCUUGUUGGCUCUCACCCUUAGAAGCUGUUUCUGUUAAAAAAUUAAAUAUGAAAGGGAUAUGGGCCACCUAUAGGGAUUUGUUAAUGGAGACAGAAAACCAGUUAAAAUAGAAAAAAAACAUGAGGAGGUGAAAGAAUUGAUGGCAGAUUGGUUAGAAUACUACCAGAUAAGUGAUAUGUUUAAGAUAGAUAAAAGAAAAGGUUUUGACACAAGAUCAAAGUCUGAGGUAGAGUUGCUAGAUAAUAAUGUGAAAAUAUUAUAAAAAAUGUUCAAGCUAUUAUUGGAAUGGCAUACAAUGGAUGAAGAAGUAAAAUCUGUAAUGAUCCAAUGAACAAAAGAUUUUGGGUAUAAUAUCCAAAUGAAAGCCUGGGAAAAAUUGUGAAAAGAGGACAUAAAAUUUACUGCAUGCUGCUCAUUGAAUUUUUUUUUUAAUGAUGUAUCGUUGGUAUCUAACACCAGUUAAAAUUGCAAAGAUGUAUAAAACCUGCUCAAAAGUGCGCUGGAAGUGUAAAGAAAGCAAAGGUACGUUUUACCAUAUAUGGUGGAUUUGUAGUAAGGUAAAGACUUUCUGGGAAAUGUUAUAUAAUGAAUUAAAGAAAACAUGUAAAAAUACAUUUGUUAAAAAGCCAGAAGCCUUUCUGUUAGGUAUAAUUAGUGAGGAGAUACCUAGAGAAGAUAAACAUUUAUGUAUGCAACAACAGCAGCAAGAACUUUAUUAGCCCAGAACUGGAAACAAUAAACAAUACCAUCGAAGAAAGAUUGGCAGAUGAAACUGAUGCACUACGCAGAGAUGGCAAAGUUAACAGGAAAGAUACGAAACCAAGAAGAUCAAAUAUUCAAAAAAGACUGGAAAAUUUUUGUGGGAUUUAAAGGACCACUGUAAGCACUUAAAAGCACUGAUAGGAAUGAAAAAAAGCUAGUAAUGUUGGAAAAUCAGUUUAUGUGCAUUAAGAAGGAAGGAAAAAUAGUUGGACAAUUUAGAAAGAUGGAAUUGAUGUUCAUUUUAAAUUAAGAACCCAUGGAGGGAGGGAGGGAAAUUGACAAGUUCUAAGGAACUGGCUUGGAUGAUGUAUGAAAUGUAAAAAUAUGUUAAAUCUGAAAAAACAAUAAAAAUAUUAUAUAUAUAAAAAGAAGGAAACACUAUUAAGUCAUAGAAUCAUAGAUGACCUAAGAGUGUUUGUAAUUGUCUUGCCGCAAACAUCUCCAUCAUCUGCACUUCCCAAACAACCGGUUUUAGCAACGAGGUAGUAGAAAUGAUAAACCUAUGAGUUCAGGUUGGAAAUUUUCAGAAGUGGUCAAAUCACAUCUUUCUUUUUUAUAUUAUUUUUUUAAUUAGUUUCCUGAAGUUUAAC